UUCUUUCUUUAGAAAGAUGGGUUGUCGGGUAAAUAGAAAAUAUCUGACGACCCAUGUUACCUGUAUUAAAUUUUGGGACAAUUAUAUUUUAGCAGGAAUCGGAGGAGAUUUUAAUGUUCUCGAACCCGACGAAGAUGAGACUUCACCUUGGAAGACUGCAAUCUCAGUUACAAUUUUCGAGAAUCAAAAUAUUUACGGUAUAAAACCAAAAGCUAGUAAGAUUCUGAUCUAUGGAGGUAAAGAAAUCGCCAUUGUCGACUAUACAUUUGAUCAAAAAAAUUUUAAGGUCGAAAUAAAAAAUAAGUUCCGUGUUGAAGAUUGGAUUUUACAAGCUGUCUGGUUGAACUCGAAUCAGGUCGCGGUUCUUGCAGCGAGCAAUUGUCUCUUACGAGUGAAUUUAGAAGAAGGGAAAGUCAUCGAGAAAAAUCCCUGCACUAUAAGGUGUAUAUUAUAUUCGGGAACUAUACUUAACGACAAUUGGAAUGAGCUGGUCAUUCUUGCUGGAACUGUAUUUCAGGAAGUUCUAAUCUGGUUGAAUGAUGUUAAACCUAAUGUUAAAUUACUCCAUCGAUUAAAAGGACACAUGGGUGUUAUAUUUUCUGUGAAUUACAACAAGAAAUCACAAUUGAUUUGUACGACGUCGGAUGAUAGGACUGUUCGUUUCUGGAAGGUUUGUUUUGCCGAAGAGGCAAACUGGGCCGCCUGUCAAAUUACUCUUACGCAUACAAUAUUCGCUCAUACGGCACGAGUCUGGGAUAGUUGUUUCUUGCCCAACAGAUACAUAAUUAGCAUCGGCGAGGAUUCACUGAUUUCCAUGUGGAACGAAUAUGGGAAAUGUGAAAACCAGUGGUCCGGCCAUCAAGGAGGGUGUAUCUGGAGUGUGGACUUUUCAGACAAAUUGGGCGUUGUCGCAACUGGAGGCAGUGACGGAGGUAUCAACCUAUGGCCUGUUGUUUCCAAAUCUUUGCCUGAAUCUCUUCCUUUUGAUGCAAAAAAUAAUCAAAGGAUUCCGAGAUGCCUCGUAUGCUCUAAGUCAGGUCAAGUCGUCCUCGUAACAAAUCUGGGAGAGAUUAUGGUCUAUAAAGAUCAGUGGAAAACGAUAUUUCAAGACGAUAAUUUUUACAAUUAUUGCCAGUUGAGUAUAUCCCCGAAUAGAGAUUACAUUUCGUUAGGUGGUAUACGUGGGCAUAUUGUUAUUCUUGACGGUAAAACGAGUGAUAUUCACAAACGUCUCCAUACGAAAGCGAUAAAUGGAAGGAUUUAUUCUCUAAUCUGGGCUGACGACUCAGUUUUGUCUUCUUCUGGUCCAGAGGGUGAAAUAAUAGUUUGGAAAUUUUUCCCAGAAAGCGAUAUUCUAGAAAAACUCUUUGUUUUCAAUCUUCCAAACAGUAAGGAAAGAUGGUUCACGUGUUGCUGCCUAUAUGAAAAUUACUUUUUAUGCGGUGACCGUGGUGGUUCGAUACAUUUGUUUAAACAGUGUGAAAAAAUGGAACCGUUGCAUACGCUGAAAAGAGAGCAUGGCCCGAGAGGUGUGAGCGAUUUAAAAAAUUUAAAAGGUUCUAUUUUUUCAACCGGGAGGGAUGGAACGUACAAGCAGAUUGUCAUAAAAAAUGAAAACGAAUUAAAUGUCAUAAGCACCUAUAAACUUCAGAUGGAAUGGCCAGCCGCAAUUGUUCCUACAAAAUCAUUCGGAAAUGUUAUAAUCGGGUUUUUUGAGGUGAAGUUAAUUAUAUGGAGUAUAAGUGAAAGAAGGCCGAUUUUAAGCAUAGAAUGUGGCGGUGGACAUCGAUCCUGGGAUUGUUAUAUCGAGGAUGAUAAAAAUGGUCGUCUGACUGUUUCUUUUAUCAAAGAGAAAAUUGUCAAGUAUUAUUCUAAAUCACACGAUUCUAUUGCCCUCCAGACUGUACUGGCAGGAAAUCAUUCGAAGACAAUAAAUUCUUCGAGUUUAAUCUAUGAUGAUGAUUCGUACUGGGUUAUUUCUGGUGGGGAAGACGCUACUCUGAGGCUUUUUCACGUUUCAGAAAGUCAAUUUUCAAAUUGCGGCAUCUACAGAAGGCAUAUUUCAAGUAUAAAGACUGUUACACAUUUGAAACAUUCUAGAUUGGGAACGUACGUUGCUUCAGGAGGAGGUCGAGGCCAGUUGGUCGUCUGGAAGAUGAUCAGAAACGAUGAGGGCUUUAUGCUUGGUGAACUGUCUGAGAAUAAGCUACGAGAAGAAAAUAAGCCUUCGGAGCAGAUUGAGCCUUUAGAUGAGCCUGAAAUACGCUACAUGGAUUUAUUAAUGGUUGAAAGGGAUUCCGAUGACAUUUUUAUUAUUGGUGGUUGUUCCGAUGGAAUAAUUAGACUACACAAAUUUUCGGAGAACGAUAAAAAAAUCACACUGAGAAAUUCCUUCAAACUGAAUCAUUGUUGCAUUCUGGAAAUGAAACAUCUGGAAUGUUUUGUAACGAGUACGUACACUGAUGGGAAAAUUGCUUUUUGGAGUUGGAAAACCCUGGAAGAAGGAACUGAUAUUAAGCCUGCUGUGUUUAAAAUUCACAGCCUUGGGAUCAAUUGUUGCGACAUUAUUGAAAAUCACGGCUAUCUGGUUGCAGCGACAGGAUCUGACGAUGCGAGUGUAGCACUAAACACUUUUGCGCUUAAAUCUGGCAAACUGACCCUGAAGAAUAGUUGGUUUGAAAAGAACCUUCACACUUGUCAAAUUUCUGGUAUAAAAAUUUGUGGGGAUUAUCUCAUUUCGAGUGGUAUGGACCAGAAGAUCAGCGUACUCAAGUUGGCCUUCUUCAGUGAAGACCUGAAGGUUAGUUUGGUCGCUCAGGUUAAAACCUGCAUCCCAGAUUCGCACGGAAUGAUUGCUUGGGAAAAUGAGGGAAAAAUUACAGUUUACCUUUUUGGCAUAGGUGUCCAAAUUUUGGACCUUCACAUGAUCACUUCGUAAACAAUUGUUGUAAAUAUAUUGCGAAUAAUGCAAAUGUAUAUGAAAAAUU